AUGGCACCCAAACGCUCCUCCGCCCGGGGACGCUCUGUCUCGCCCGCUCCUCCAGCAGCCGCUCCCUCUUCGACAACCACAACCUCAAUAAACACCUCUUCAACAACUCCCGCCGUUACAACUGCUCCCCAACCAGCUCCCCAGUCUACCCCCGCCCCAGCCAAAUCCAAACACUCGAGCGCGCCUCCUAGCUUCCAAAAGAUCGUCUCCAAUGUGGUCGACCACUACCUCCGCACAACGCCGCAGCGGACCAAGCUUUUGGAUGCGUUUAUGGCGUUCUUGGUUGCGGUUGGAGGGCUGCAGUUUGCGUAUUGCAUUUUGGCGGGGAAUUAUAAUCAGUGGACUGACGGGCAGUUUGGCAGAGCAUUCGCCGAUUACAUCGUGUGCAGUCUGAUCUUGCACUUUUUCUGCGUCAACUUUAUCAACUAG